AUGCGUUCACCUAAUGAGGAUCAUAUGGCUGGUGUGAUGCAUAUUCUGAGUUACUUAAAGCCUGUUCCUGAGAGAGGGAAUAUUACAGAUAGACGUUUUGCAUCAGGUUACUUUACCUUUGUUGGUGGUAACCUAGUUCCCUGGUGUAGCAAGAACCAAAAUGCUAUGUCUCAGUCCUCUGCAAAGUUUGAGUACAGAGAGAUUGCCCAAGGGAUCGGAUGCUGCUACAAAGCUCCACUCAAUCCGGUGCAACAUGAUCCAACUAAGUGUGUAGAAGUUGAUUGGCAUUUCAUUAAGGAGAAGUUGGAGCAUAAGUUAAUUUCUAUAGCUUUUGUGCCUUCUUCGAAGCAGCUUGCAAAUAUGUUGACCCAUGUCGUGUCAAAGUGCCGAUUUGAAAGCUCACUUGACAAGUUGGGUAGUACCGAUUUCUAUGCACCAAAUUGA